UGCACUACAUUUUCUUGCCCCGGAUAAAUGAGAGUCUUGAUAAUUGGAAGAAGGCAUGGAUUAAGCAUCCUAUGCGUUCAGAGCACAAUCUAUCACCUGAGCAAUUAUGGGCUACCAGUUUUCCUGGCGGUAUUGAGGGAAUUGACUCUUCUGUAUUUCCUACUGAUUUUUUUGAAAACAGUAUUGAUGCUAGCCAGUAUGGGUUUGACUGGGAUGGACCAAUUGGUAACCAUAGUCCGGAUGAAGUAGUGGUUGUAGAUGUACCAGAAAUCCAUUUUUCACCCCAAGAGGUACUAUGCCACAUUUUAGAAAUGAAUGUCAAUCCAGUAGCUGAAAGUGAUGAAUAUGGAAUUGAUCUCUAUGUCAAAUGUAAAAUGAUUGUACUUGAUUUCUUGAGUAAUCGUUAAUAAUGGUAUUGUUGAUGAUUGAUUCACAAAUUUCUUUUUUGUAAAUUUCUGAUUUCUAAAAUGAAGUUAAAGCAGGUUGAGAAGAUUUUCUUGCAUUACGUAGUUCUAAUUAAGGCACCUAAGACUUUCAGUUACUGUUAUACUAAUAAUAGAUGUGUCUGCAAUCUGCAUGAUGCUUGUCAGCACUUAUAGCAGUUUAAAAUUGUAUUAUAAUUGCAGCAGAAAGAUUUAAAUGUGUAAGGUACUGAACUUGGGGGUUUGUACACCAAGCCAUGGCAUGGGUUUUUCUGUUAAAGCACUCGAUCCGGAAACCUUCUCCAUUGGGAAAACUAUAAAAAGUUCUUGCAUCUAUGCCAAAUUAUGAAAUAUUAAUAAUGAACAGAUUUGUAGUAUCAGUUUAGGAUUUAUGCUGCAGUGCUGACAUAUCAUCAAGUAGUUUGUUCAAGUAAGAUCAAUUAUAUAUUUUCCCAU